CAUCCUAAUCACUUCAUGUUCAGUAAAAAUCGAGCUCCAAUAUUGGCCAGGUAGCAGGUGUCGAAGAGUCAAAAACAAUAAGUUGCAGCCGUGAUUUCCAAGCAGCCCAGGUAGGACUCUCCUAAAAUGGACAAGCACAUACUGAUCACGAUUACCAUUGUUGCAUCGAUCUCCUCAAUCCUUGCCAAUGAGGGAAAUGAUUGCAAGUGGAAUCGUUAUAAAGAAUUCCAAGUUUGCAACGGGGUCUUAACAGCCGUCAGGCCAAGAAGAUCACAUCUCGAAUUGGAUGUCCGCGAGUUCUCCAGCAUAGCUCCAAACGCAUUUCAAGGAGUGGAGAUCUCUCGGCUUGAAUUAUUGGGAGAUCGGAAGGGGCCGCGUUGCACACCAAAGAUCUUUGAAUUGCAGCUGGAAGGGUUUGAGACCUUAUCGAAAAUAACGGACCUUGAGCUGGACUGUCUGGAGUUUCCAGUGGGCCAUAAUCCAUUCAGGAGUUUCAAAGAGCUUCAACGGUUGGUAUUGGAAAGAAUUGAUUUUAAAAAACUCAGCGCUGAAUUUUUCACUGAUUUUCCAAAGCUCAAUCAUCUUGGUUUGUAUUACUCCAACAUUACCACUAUUUCUGAGGAUACGCUUUCCAAAAUACCUGAAAAACUUUCAACGUUGGUGAUAUUAAGUGGCUUUAGGGAAAUAAAAUUAAAAGCUUUUAGAAGAUUUACGAAUUUACAACGACUGCAUGUAACCCAUGGAAAUUUAGCCAGCAUAUCAGCUGACAUGUUUGAUGGCCUUCAUCAGUUGCGAACCCUGGAUUUGCAAGGAAAUUCUAUCGAAGAAUUGGCACCUGCGACAUUCCAAGGACUUCCCAAUUUAGUCAGACUCGUGUUGUCUGAUAACAAAAUAGAUAAAUUGACCGCUGGAGUCUUUGAUAAUCUUCACAAUCUCGAGGAGUUGAGCCUUAUCUCCAACGGAAUAAGUAUCAUCCCCACUCAGAUUUUUGAGGGCUCCUCCAAACUUCGUUUCUUUAAUGUGCAGUUCAAUAGAAUAAGGGAGAUUGAACCUACCGCAUUUUCGGGUCUACGUCUGGCCAAGCUCGAUAUGACAGGAAAUCCAAUGAAAAUUAUAGCAAAGAAUAAAUUUGUCGGACUUCAAGAUGCCCGGAUUAUAUUCUCAAAAGAAUGAAUCAUCGAAAUUGUAUCAUAAGCGAUGCCUAUAAACCAUCCAUAAAUUCUGGAAACGCCUGCAAUGUCGUAAUAAGAUUAUCAUGACUCGGGUAUAAAGGCUUUUAUUUCUUUCGGUGUAAAAAGUAAAAAUAAUAAAAUGUGUGAUUUCAUUCAGCACUCAAUGUAAUUUGACAUCGACUAGUCACAAUACAUGUUACAUUUGCAAGUACUGCAAAUAUUUGCAAAUACAAAUACAAUUCAUGUUACAUAAAAUUCUGGAAUAUUAUUAAACUCUCAGUAAAAUCCGAAA